AUGAUAUUGGCUUAUCUAAGGCCAUUUCAAAUUGAGCACAUUACAAAUUUAAGGGACAUGGAUGGUUCGCGUCUGACUUUAUACAUUGAUUACAUUGCGGGACGCGAUCUCAGUAAAAUGGUCACUGAAAACGGCUUUUCCCAGAUGACGGAAUCCCAGGGCUAUGAUAUAUGGCAAGAUGCGGUUGAAGGCUUGAAACACCUUCACAAACAUAAUGUGAACCAUCAUGACCUCAAACCAGAGAACAUUGUCAUUCUGCUUCCAAAGGGAGGUCGCAGGAGGGCAGUUCUCUGUGACUUUGGAAUAGCCACAAUUGGUCCUAAAAUGCACUAUAACGGCACGCCAUCCUACAUUUCCCCAGACAUUAUGGUGGGGAAGAUACGGUCCGCGCCUGAUGAUAUAUGGGCCCUAGGAGUUACUAUGCUUUUUGUGUUCGGCUUUAUCCCACUGCCCAAACACUCCUGGAUCAUCCAAAAAAUAGAGGAAGGUGACCCGAAAACACUAUUGGCAAUGACUAAUUGGAAGCUUGAAAUCCGGCGCAUUUGUCAGAAAUUGCCUGAGAGGCUUGGCCUGCUUCAAUGCAUGCUCAAUGAAAGUAGAGCAAAGCGGAUCACCGCUUCUCAGCUUUCAGAAAGGCUCUGA